CAACGAUAGAAAUCAUACGGUCUCCCGUUCCGUUGUCAGCACUCAUCCAAGCAUUAGUGCGUAUACCGGAAAGAGAGAUUGUGUAUCGCGUGCGAUUUUCUUGCAUAAAAGACAUCAGGAACUGAACAAUGAGUGAUCCGAAGAGCGGUGAAGAUUUGGCUACAGCUAUUCUUCGUAAGAAGGAUAGGCCAAAUAGACUCUUGGUUGAUGAGGCUAUCGCAGAUGAUAACUCAGUUGUGGCGUUAUCGCAGGCUAAGAUGGAUGAACUGCAACUUUUUCGCGGAGAUACAGUACUGUUAAAGGGGAAACGCCGUAAAGAGACAGUGUGCAUCGUUCUUUCAGAUGAUACAUGUCCUGAUGAGAAAAUACGCAUGAACAGAGUUGUUAGAAAUAAUUUACGCGUACGUCUAAGUGACGUUGUUUCUGUACAAGCUUGUCCAGAAGUAAAAUACGGGAAGCGAAUUCAUGUGUUGCCGAUGGACGAUACUGUUGAUGGUCUUACCGGAAAUCUGUUUGAAGUAUAUUUAAAACCAUACUUCCUCGAAGCGUAUCGUCCCAUUCACAAGGACGACAACUUCAUUGUCCGGGGAGGAAUGCGAGCGGUGGAAUUCAAAGUGGUGGAAACUGAUCCAGGACCAUUUUGUAUUGUGGCGCCCGACACAGUGAUUCAUUGCGAGGGUGAUCCCAUUAAGCGCGAGGAGGAGGAAGAAGCAUUAAAUGCUGUUGGUUACGACGAUAUCGGUGGCGUUCGUAAGCAGUUGGCGCAGAUCAAGGAAAUGGUAGAAUUACCAUUGCGACAUCCGUCUUUGUUCAAAGCUAUUGGUGUUAAACCGCCACGCGGUAUAUUGUUGUACGGGCCACCAGGAACAGGAAAGACACUAAUUGCUCGAGCCGUGGCAAACGAAACAGGAGCGUUCUUCUUCCUCAUUAACGGUCCCGAAAUUAUGAGUAAACUGGCUGGUGAGUCCGAGAGUAACUUGAGAAAGGCAUUCGAAGAAGCUGAGAAAAAUUCUCCGGCAAUUAUAUUCAUCGAUGAACUCGACGCUAUCGCGCCAAAACGUGAAAAGACCCAUGGUGAAGUUGAGAGACGUAUUGUAUCACAACUGUUAACCUUAAUGGACGGAAUGAAGCAAAGUUCUCAUGUUAUCGUGAUGGCAGCUACUAAUCGGCCGAACAGCAUUGACGGGGCGUUGCGUCGCUUCGGACGUUUUGACAGAGAGAUCGACAUUGGUAUACCAGAUGCGACCGGUCGUUUGGAAAUCUUGCGCAUACACACCAAAAAUAUGCGACUCGCUGAUGAUGUUGACUUGGAAGAGAUCGCAGCCGAAACUCAUGGACACGUCGGCGCUGAUUUGGCAUCUUUGUGUUCCGAAGCGGCUCUCCAACAAAUCCGUGAAAAAAUGGAUCUCAUCGAUUUAGAAGAUGAUCACAUAGAUGCGGAAGUUCUAUCUUCUUUGGCUGUUACAAUGGAGAACUUCAAGUACGCGAUGACAAAGAGCAGCCCGAGCGCCCUACGCGAGACAAUCGUUGAGGUGCCAACGGUUACUUGGGAUGAUAUUGGAGGUUUACAGAGCGUCAAAAUGGAAUUGCAAGAAUUGGUGCAGUAUCCAGUGGAACAUCCCGAUAAAUUCUUGAAAUUUGGUAUGCAACCGUCGCGAGGUGUAUUAUUCUACGGUCCUCCUGGUUGUGGUAAAACAUUGUUGGCCAAAGCUAUCGCGAACGAAUGUCAGGCGAAUUUUAUUUCUGUCAAGGGCCCUGAAUUGUUGACAAUGUGGUUCGGUGAAUCGGAAGCUAAUGUCAGAGACGUGUUCGAUAAGGCAAGAUCAGCAGCACCGUGUGUGCUAUUCUUCGAUGAACUCGACUCCAUCGCGAAGUCUCGAGGAGGUACCGUCGGCGACGCAGGCGGCGCGGCGGACCGUGUGAUAAAUCAGAUACUGACGGAAAUGGACGGUAUGGGUGCGAAGAAGAACGUGUUCAUCAUAGGAGCGACGAAUCGUCCUGAUAUCAUAGAUCCAGCUAUUCUACGGCCCGGUAGAUUAGAUCAGUUGAUUUACAUACCGCUGCCAGAUGAAAAGUCUCGAGAAGCCAUUUUCCGGGCCAAUCUCCGCAAAUCUCCCGUAGCUAAGGAUGUAGACUUAAGCUAUAUCGCUAAAGUCACACAUGGUUUCUCCGGUGCUGAUCUUACGGAGAUUUGUCAACGUGCGUGUAAACUUGCCAUUAGACAGUGCAUCGAGACUGAAAUUCGUAGAGAAAAAGAACGAGCAAAUAAUCCAUCCGCAUCCAUGGACAUGGAUGAGGAUGAUCCGGUACCAGAAAUAACGCGGGCUCAUUUCGAGGAAGCAAUGAGGUUUGCUCGUCGUUCAGUAUCUGACAAUGACAUACGAAAGUAUGAAAUGUUUGCGCAAACACUUCAGCAAUCGCGAGGAUUUGGAACUAAUUUCAGAUUUCCACAAAGUGGUGCAGGCGGUACUCAAGACAACACACAAGGCGAUCAAGCCUUCCAAGAUGAUGGAGAUGACGAUCUCUAUAGCUAAGUUUUCGUUUCCUUUAUAUGUCGUUACAGUGAACAUACGACAAAAGGGCCUUUCUGUUACCACGUAACAUUUUGCACUAGGGCUACCAAGUAUUCGAUACAGAUAUACAGAUCCGAUCCGGAUCCCGACACAAAUCUGAAUUUCUAUUGUCUUAGAUAUUUUGAAUAAACCGAAUUUGAAGCGCUAUAAAUUAUCCGCUACCUGAAUACUCGGAUAGCGUCGGAAUUGGAUGAACUAACCUUGGAGCCCUAUUUUGCACAAGAAAAAAAAAUCGUUUCUAAGUGGUACAAUUGGAAUAAAAAGAACGUAAAUAAAUGGCUAAUAUAACGAAAAUUUUGUAUGAUACAAUACGAUUUUGCGUUUGUAGAGGAAAAUUACUUAUAGACCCUAUAAUCCGUAUUUAAAAAAUCCAAUACAAUCAUAUAAUAAUUAAUUAAUCGAAUAUAAGAAAAACGUUGAUUGAAACCAUUUUGUUACACUUAUUUUUCUCGACCGAAUGAAUUUAUUACUGAUAAGCGAUAAAACUUUGUCUAUGGCAGAAAUGCUGUAUUAAAUUCUUUUUUUUUUUUUACCAAAAAAAAGAAAACAAUUGUGUGAGGGCAAGAGAAAUAUAUCGCAUCGCUAGCUAAUUGCACGCUACAAGAGAAUUAUUAAAUGACAAAAUAUACACGUUCGCAUACGUAGUUUUUUUUAUGCAAGUUUGCAUUUGUUAACGAUCACACGCGCAUAAUGAUCUUGUUCGGAACAGACCCUUUUGCUGCAUUAUCACUGUACUCUCUGAGAAUACAUUCUGUUGUUCACACUCACAAAUUGCAGUAACAAGAAUUUAUGCCAUGUCGUGAUAAAAUAGUCACAUGAUGAUGUAUGUUGACGAUUUUACAAAAUAUCCUUUAGAAGUAAAUUAUAUAAUCUAUAUUCGAUCAAAACAAAAAAGAGCAUUUUUAAAUCUCGUUAUUUCGAACCACAUGAUUAUCUUGACUACGUGUUUUCGCAAUUUUAUAAAACACUGGGUUUUGAUAACUGAGUUUUCUCUUCAGAAAAAAAAAAAGUAAGUUGAAUAAGAUUGAACACCACUAAAUUAAACAAGAUGUUUGAUUUUCUUGUGAAACUGGUAAGUUUGCAAUUAACUGUACAACCGAUGUAACCGUUAAUACAUUUUUUCUCAACGGUGGAAAAAUUCAUUUAAAAGAGAACAACGCGAAUCUCGAUACUGCCGUUAUUCUGUUCUCUAUGAAGAACAGAUAGAACUCGGUGAAGAGCGUUUUUUCGCAUAAUACUUUACUAGUUAAAAUAACGUGUUACAGCACAAGAAAAUAAUUUGUAUAUAACUGCGAAAAAAAAAACUAUUAUUAUAUACAAAAAAUAUCUAAUAGAUACGCGCAUGAUAAUCUAUAGAGAAACACUUUUUUAGAUUUUGUUUCUACUUCGAUUACAUAUGUGUAAUAUUUUUUACAUUUCUACUCUAUUGUUUUCUUCUUUUUUUUAAUGUCGGGUUUUACACACAAGGAAUAUUAGUCCAAGAUCUUAAAAACUCAUUUAUUUUUCAUUCGAAAUCUUGACAUAUUGCUGCGUUCGCGCAAUAUGAUUCGCAUAAGACAUCACAAAUUUCUGAGAACGAACAAAGAGUUGUGACGAAUGCAAUUCUCGCAACGAAAAAAAGAAAGCACCGAUCGAUUUUUGUAGAAAAAAAAUCGUCAACAAUUUUUAUUAAAUUACAUAAAUAAAAAUAGGAUGUGUUCAAAGAACUUUGAAAUAAAGACUUAGUUUUUUUUUCUUUUUUUUUUUUUUUUCAUUCGCAGAUCAACACGAUCACACGUGUAUUGAUAAUAAGAAACUUCAUACGCAAUGGCGGUCAAAGCUUAAGCCUUAUAGCACGUUCGUAUGUACAUUGGUUAUCAACGCUUUUAUUUAUCCUUAUAAAAAAGUAGGACUAUUUAUAUUUAUAUAUAUAUAUAAUAUAUAUAUGUACCAAAUAAAACACGCGUUAGUAUAAAACCGCCGUAACAACAUGACACAUCAUCGGAUCUACGCAAUACUGACAUACUCACGAUUGCGUCAAAUGCUUUUUUUUUUUUUUUUGUUUUUUUAGUUCACACAGAAAAAAAUAAACUCUACUGUAAUCGUAGAUUUAUACAACAUUACACAAUACGCUACGAAAACUUACGACAAAACAACACGCACAGCUGUGCCUCACUCAAAUCGCAAUUAACGAUUGAUGAAAAUGUGUCUUCGCCAGCUCCAGAGUGUCGUGUCUCAUAAUCCGGUAAAAUUGGCACCGAUACAGUGGGAAACAAAAAAAUUAUUAUAUUCACAUUAAGCUCGAGUCGAGAAAGAAACGCGAAUAUCGAAGAUUCUCUUUCCUAUAUAUGGUUACUUAACUAUUUAUAUAUAAAUUACAAUAUGAUGUAUGUAUAUGACAGUUUUUUUUUUUUUUGUUUCAAUAUAAUCAGUUCAAAGCGCUCAAAAAGACUUAUUGCACGAUCGAUAUUUAAUUUACAUAUAAUUAACAUUCGUCUGAGAUAUAAAGCAUAAGAUACAGCAGUACGGUUUGAUAAGAUAUAAAAUUUGUAUUGGAUUAAAAUGUAAUAUAUAUAUACAUAGUGUCGAAAAUUAUUCUUAUAUACUGAGAUAUACCAUGUCUAAAAUCGUUUUGGAUUUUUAAAAAGAAAUGGAAUGAAUCCUCACACAUGUUUCAAACGCUUUUAAAACCUGUAACUUUGUAUUUCUGUCAUUGUUUUUUUUUACUUCAUCAUAUCUCUCUCUCUCUCACGCGCGCACGCACGUGCAAAAUCUGAAAUACCUUCAAACUCUAAAUGCCAACGAAGUAACGCAUUGUUACAAAAAAAAAAAUUGAAUAAUUUUAGCAAAGAUGUUGUACAACAACCGAUCAUUUACAUUUCUCUGCACAAGAAGCUCUAAACUAUUUCUGAAAGAUCUUAUACAUUUUAUACAAGAAUUAUACAACUAUGAAACUCCGUCCGUUUGACAGUUUCUCGAAUAUUUAUAUAUUUGUAUUUUUUACAUCUUUCCCAGAAAGAAAAUGAGCUUUUCAUUGAACACAGGAGACAAAGAUCUUAUCAUCCAAAAAUAUAGCAAUCCAAUGAAACGUAAAAACACCAAAUAGAAAUAGCAGCAGAAAAUUUCACAUUAAAUUAAAUUCACGGACGUUUAGAAUGGUAUUUAAAAAAAAAACAGGAUAAAAAAGCAACAAAGUUUAAUUUAUUCGCAUCGUCGAUCUUCGGACAUGUGAUUUCCAUAAGUCACAUGUCACGUUUAUAAACAUAAAAUGAACUAUUCAACGUAUGUUAAUAAAGACAAAUAUAUUAACUUGUUUUUUUUUUCAGAAAUAGAUAUGUCGGAAUUUGAGUGACUUGAUCGCUGGUAGAUCGUCGAUUUUUUUUCAAGAGAAUUCAUCAUGAUUUAAAAGAUCCAAAACGUUUUCCUAAAAACAAAAAUAAAAAA